AUGGAGAGGGUGACUCUAGAGAGACUGGAGUGGAUUGCCGACCACCUGGCCUUCUUCCCGGAGCAGCAGACGGGCUUCAGGCGACACCGGUGCACGGGAGAUUCGAUCUCGGACGUCGUCGCUACCCUCGAGGACGCCAGGAGCAGCGGAGACGUGGCAAUGCUGCUGCUGCUGGACGUGGAGAGUGCCUUCGACGGACUCCCACACAUGGCAGUCGAGGCGGCCCUGGGCCGCCUCGGCAUCAACGGGAGCCUCCGAGGCUUCGUGACCGCCUUCCUGUCCGGGAGGACUUUCCGUGUCCGUGUUGGAGGGGCCACCAGCCAACCCAGGGACAUCACUGCUGGUGUCCCACAGGGUUCAGUACUGAGCCCCUUCCUCUUUAACAUGGAACUAGCAGGACUUCCGGCGUCUCUCCCCACAGACACCAGGUUCCCGGCCCGCUGCUCCGUCAACGCAGAUGAUGUGGCACUCUGGGUUUCUGCCACCAAGACCGAGGCCCUGCUGAUUCACCUGCUGGUGGCAGCUCGCACCCACGUGAGACGGCUGAGGGUUGGCAACCGCAGCCUUCCUUGGAGGCUGGUGGUGAAGUACCUGGGGCUCACCAUCGACCACUGGCUCACGCGGAUCCCGGCUGACAAGGCUGCUGCCACCAAGGUGCGGCGCGUCCAGGGCACUAUCAGCAGGCUGCAGCUGCGUGGCCGCGGCUGCUACACCAAGUGGGCCCUCCGGCUCAACCAGGCUGCGGCAUCCUCGGUCCUCCUGUACGCCUUCCCGCUGGUGAACCUGACACCGGCCAGGAGAAGCCUGCUGGAGGGACUCCACAGGGGUGCACUGAGAUCGAUCCUGGGGCUUCCCAAAAGCUCGCCGGUGGCAGCGACUCUCGCAGAGGCGGGAGAGUGGCCUCUGACGUUGCGUAUGCUCCAACGUGCGCUGGGCCAUAUCGACCGCCUUCACCGCGCGACCGACGGCAGGGCCCUCCUGGAGCGUCUCCGCAGUCAGCCAAGAUCACAGAUGGGAGGCCUCUGCCUGCUGUACCACCAGAUGGUCCCGGAUCUGCCAGUUCCGGUUACCUUUCCACCGCCUCACCACCAGCCACCAGAGGUCCACCUCUGCUUGGAAGGGGCAACGAAGCGACGGACGCCUGCGGCCGCACUGCAACAGGCGGCCUCCUGCAAGCUGCAGGAACAACUGGUGGGACGGCUGCAGGUGUUCACGGAGGGAUCUGUGAUGCCGGACGUUAACGCAGCGGCCGCAUGCGUAAUCCCGUCCAGAGCCAACAGCAGGCAGUGCAGGCUACCCUUCCCGGCGAGCUCCACGGCUGUGGAACUGGCUGGACUCCAUCUCGCGGUAGACCUUUUGGCCGAGGACAUCCCCCUUGAGCCGGCCGCGGUCCUGUGUGACAGCAAGGCGGCCCUGCAGACCCUGGCCAACUCCAGCCGUGCAGGAGUGACGGCCUGCCUCCUGACAGCCAAGGUUCAGGCCCUCACCGACGCCGGGGUGUCCGUCUCCUUCCACUGGCUGCCCUCCCACGUGGGCAUCGUUGGAAAUGAGAAGGCGGACACACUCGCCAAGGCUGCCCACUGUUAUGGGGGUGUAUCUCUUGACCGCCGCCGUCAGCAGCCUGGUAACCCCUACUCCUGUGCCGUGGCGGCCAGGGACUAUUCGCAGGCCCGUCUAAAGAGGCUCCUUGUCACAGUCCACCCAGACCCAAGGCUGGCCAGCGGGCGAGGACCAAAGCCUCUCCCAGAGACGGGCCUCACGAGGAGAGAACGGGUCUCCCUGUUGCGACUGCGGACCAGCUGCAUGUGGACAGCGGCCCGCCGCUACGCCAACGGCCUCUGUCCCUCUCCGUCCUGCAGCCGUUGCGGAGACCCAAAGACCCUCGAACACCUCCUCUGUGCCUGCCCUGGCUUAGCACAGGAACGCUUGAAGGCCUACCCGGCCUACAGGAGACAGGGUCUGCCCAUCUCCACCCUGGAACACCUGCUGUUCCCGUCUCGUCCACAUCCAGCAGCACUCCGAAGCCUGGCGGAGUUCGUGGAGGAGUCAAGAGUCGCUGCCUACCGCUGA